CAACAGCAGCACAAUCUUGACCGGAUCCCGUCAAGAUGAAGCUCAACAUCUCCUACCCGGCCAACGGCUCGCAGAAGCUGAUCGAAAUCGAAGAUGAGCGCAAGCUCCGUGUCUUCAUGGACCGCCGUAUGGGCCAAGAAGUGCCUGGCGACAGUGUGGGCGACGAGUUCAAGGGAUACAUCUUCAGAAUCACCGGCGGCAACGACAAACAGGGCUUCCCAAUGAAGCAGGGUGUCAUGCAUCCAACUCGUGUCCGCCUCCUCCUCGCCGAUGGCCACUCCUGCUACCGUCCACGCCGCACCGGUGAGCGCAAGAGAAAGUCUGUUCGUGGCUGCAUCGUCGCUAUGGACUUGUCGGUCCUCGCCCUCUCCAUCGUGAAGCAGGGUGACGCAGACAUUCCAGGCCUCACGGAUACCGUACACCCCAAGCGCUUGGGUCCAAAGCGCGCGACCAAGAUUCGCCGCUUCUUCGGUCUCAGCAAGGAAGACGAUGUCCGCAAGUUCGUCAUCCGUCGUGAGGUGCAGCCAAAGGAGGGCAAGGAGGGUGCCAAGCCAUACACCAAGGCUCCUCGCAUCCAGCGUCUGGUCACUCCUCAGCGUCUCCAGCACAAGCGCCAUCGCAUCGCACUCAAGCGCCGCCGUGCAGAGGCCGCCAAGGAUGCUGCCAACGAGUACGCCCAGAUCCUCCACAAGCGUGUUGCUGAGGAGAAGGCCAAGGCUGCAGAUAUCAAGAAGCGCCGCGCUUCCAGCAUGCGCAAGUAAGCAAUAGGCGCAUCAUUCUGCGAAAAAGGCGCAAUGGGAAGGGUUAUGUUAUGGUCUACGAGCGAAGCAUGAAGACUUCGUGAUGAUGGGGAUCAAUAUCGCCGGUGCACCAUUCAGCGUGACAGGGUCAGGACGGCGUUAGCAUUGAAUAGUCUUCGAUAUCCCCAGAGCUGCAAGCAGCGGCUUCGAAUGCAUCAAGCGGCAGACGUUCUCCCUAUUAUG